AUGGACGGCCGCAGAUCGGGAAUUUCGGCAUUGAUCGCGUUACUGUUGGCCUUGGCGCUGAUUGGUGCUUGUACGGCCGACGAUUACCGGUUGUCGCGAGGUGUUCUACCUUCGUUGUACAACAUUAGCAUACGUCCAUAUUUGUUGAUCAGCGAUGCUGAUAAACAGUUUAGCUUUGACGGUGACGUCAGCAUCACACUGUACGGCAUCGAUGAAGGGGUGCAACAAAUAACUUUGCACAAAGACUACAUAGAAAUAUUGGAUUGCUGGCUUUACGAUGUGGCCGGAAAUCUACUGGAAGAAAUCGCCAGUGAACGUUUGAUUUAUGAGGAGCAGACGGAUAAGCUGACUGUGCCGCUGACGCAGGUCAUGUUAGCUAACCAGAACUACACUCUACGUUUUAAAUAUAUCGGCCAAAUGCGGGAUGGCAUGGCUGGCCUGUUCCGUGCCAAUUAUAUAGAAGAGCAGACGGGCGAUAUCAAGUGGCUGGGCGUGACACAAAUGCAGCGCAUUGAUGCACGUGUAGUUUUUCCCUGUUUCGAUGAGCCCGCUUUCAAGGCCAAGUUCCAACUGCACAUUACCCGACCGGACAACUACAAUGCAAUCAGUAAUACAAAGAUAAUAGGCAGCACGGCUGAAGGGAAUGGCCUUUAUGUGGAUCACUUUGAUGUUACACCAGUCAUGUCGACAUACCUGGUGGCAUUUAUUAUCUCGGAAUACACGAGCCGUAAAAGCAGCGACGGCAACUUUGCCGUUAUUUCGAGACCAGAGUUUUUCGACAAGACAAAGUUCAGUUUCUCUGUGGGUGAGCGAACGUUACAGGCAUACAACGAGCUGUUUAAACAACCCUACAGUGAGCUGGGCAAUGAACUCCUACAGUAUGCUAGUUCACCAAAAUUUCCUCACAAUGGCAUGGAGAACUGGGGACUGAUCAUAUACAGCGAUGCGGUAUUGGUGCAGGAGCCUGGUUAUACGGACGGCUGGUCUAACAAAGAGUUUACCAUCCGCAUCAUAGCACAUGAGACUUCUCAUAUGUGGUUCGGGGAUAGCGUAACCUUUCAAUGGUGGAGCUACUUCUGGCUUAACGAAGCAUUUGCACGAUAUUACGAAUACUUUAUGGCACAUCAGCUCUACCCAGAAUAUCAGCUGGAUCAGCAAUUCGUAGUACGCCAACUGCAACUUAUUUUUAAAAACGAUGCCCUGGUGGGAACACAGCCCAUGACUAGCCCGGAAGCUACUAUAGAAACACCAUCAGAGAUCGGCUACAAGUUCAGCAGUAUUGCAUAUGCCAAAGGCGCCAGCAUUGUGCGGAUGUGGCGUAAUGCCAUGGGACACGAAAAUUUUGAUGCGUCCAUAAGUGAAUAUCUCAAGAUGUACCAUGGAUCUAACACCGUGCCACAACAUUUAUUUGACUGCCUUAAACAACAUUGGCCAGCGCAACAGAUUGUCGACCUGGAUCAGUUUUUCUACGACUACACCGAGCAGGUUGGAUAUCCAGUUCUCUAUGUCAAGCGUGUCCAAGAAAACGGACGUAUUUCCUUCGAGCAUAAUCGAUAUUUACUAAGCCCUAGCGAUGGCAGCGAUACGACCAUACGUUACACCAUUCCCAUUACAUAUACUACAAAUUUAUCGCCCAACUUUCAAAAUCUAACACCUAGCUUCUACAUACAAAAAAAUGCCAGCACAUAUUACUUGGAUCUUAACCAGCACAUCGAUUGGAUUGUGGUGAACUUAAGGCAGUCCAACUACUAUCGCGUAUUUUACGAUUCAGGAUUGCUGCAAAGACUACAGUUGGCGCUUUCCGCCUCCGGACAUAGUGGCGUGGCUGUAGAGAAUCGAGCCCAAAUCAUUGAUGAUCUGUUCAAUUUUGCACAUGCCGAAAUGCUCGAUUAUGUGGAGGUAUUUAAAUUUAUGGAGUACUUGGUCGAGGAAACCGAAUAUGUGCCUUGGUAUGCGGUGUACGAUGGACUGGAGCGUGUGGCGCCACGUCUGACAUUGGAACAACUUACAUGUUUUUCUAUCUAUUUGCAAGACAUUACAAAGAAGGUUUUCGAUAGACUCGGCAUAGUUCGGCCGAAUGAUACUGUGUUGGAUGUCUUUAAUCGCAACAAACAAGUGUCCUGGUUGUGCAAAUAUCAGCAUAAGGAAUGCAACAAGCAGGUGCUGGAGACAGUGACGUCUCUUGAGACGCAAGCGGAAAAGCCGUUACCCGAUUUCCGCGAGACGCUGUACUGUGCCGCCUCCCGAGCUGGAAAAUAUGCCACCAUACUGGGCUACUACCGCACGGAAACAUAUCCCAGUGAACAGCAUAUGUUGUGGCUUGCAGCGAGCUGCACCAGCGACUAUCGAGCCCACUAUGAAAACGAAAUACUAGGAAACGUAACAGUCUCACUUAUAACAUCGGGUGUGGCACAGUUAUAUCAACAGAAUCCGGAGCAUGUGACGCCAAUUUUCGAAAUGCUAACGGAUGAUAUUAAAAAGCUGGCAGACGCCCUGGAUAGCUGGUCGGAAACGGCAAAAGUUCUGAGCGAGUUAGCAGGCUACUUUACUACGCGAACACAAAAGCAGAUGCUUGAAGAGUUCAUUGCUCAGAACGGAUCACUCUUUGGCAGAUCGGUGGACACGCUGCACACGGCCGUGCAAGAUGUUGGCGACAAUUUGGAAUGGUCGGAAAAACGUUUGGGCCGCCUCGUGCAGUAUUUGGGCGAAAGAAAUAGCGGGACCAUCAAGAAGCUACUCAACGUCUUGCUAUUGUUGCCAAUGUUAAGUUUAAGUUUGAGGCUUAAGCUUUGAGCUGUGCAUAAAAUAAACGAAGCACAUACACACAUGACGAUACA